AUGGAGAGAAGGAUAUUGGCUCCAGGAGUCUCCGAAGCUCCUCCCCAACGCUGGAUCCUUAUAUUUUUGGAGGAUUUCUUUUAACUCAGUUGCAAACCUUGCUGAGGGAAACAAGUUACCACAACACCACUCAGCAGAGGGAGGGAGAGGUCCCUGUUUCGAGGCGAGGCAGAACCUCUCUGAUUUUUACCUUUUCUGCAGCUACCCAGUGUACGUGUGUGUUGUGCAUAUGUGCAUUGAUUUUUUAAAAAAUUUCAGUUGUGGAGAAAAACUGUAUUUGCGGGGCUGGGAGAAAUGCUAAUUAUCUGGAUGUUACCGGUUCUGGGAAAAUAAGGCGUAUAAGUGAAGGAAACCGAAGAGAACGAGAGAAAAAUGAUUUGAAGAGAAAAGAAGAGAAUAUAAACCACCUAUCCCAGCUUUAGCUGAAAAUUGGUGGUAUCACUUUUGAGGCCAGUUACCUUUCAUUUCGUUAUUAUUAUUUUUUCAAUGAAGAAACCUUGAAUUUAGGGUAGAGCAUGCAUACAUCUCUAUACAAUUGGUGAACCUUUUCUGGGUUUGAAGAUUUUCUCUUUGGAUGUAACACUGGUGGAACAUUUUUGACAGCGUCUCUUUUUUUUUUGGGCAAAGUCACCAUGAAUUCUGUGGCUGGGAAUAAAGAGAGGAUCGCAGUCACAACCAGGAGCAGAAAAUACGGGGUGAACGAAGUCUGCUCCCCUACCAAGACCGCCGCCCCUUUUUCUCCUGAAAGCUGGUACAGGAAAGCCUAUGAAGAGUCCCGGGCGGGGAGCCGGCCCAACCCCGAGGGCGCCGGCUCAGCGCUCGGCUCGUCGGGUACCCCGUCCCCUGGCUCAGGCACCUCGUCCCCGAGUUCCUUCACGGGCUCCCCGGGACCUGCCUCCCCUGGCAUCGGUACCAGCUCUCCCGGCUCUCUGGGCGGCUCGCCAGGGUUUGGCACCGGCUCCCCGGGUUCGGGCAGCGGGGGCGGCUCCUCUCCAGGCUCGGACCGCGGAGUCUGGUGCGAGAACUGCAACGCCCGCCUGGUGGAGCUGAAGAGACAGAUUCUGAAGCUUCUUCUCCCGGGCCCCUUCUCCAGCAAGGACCCUGCCUUCUCUUCUGCCAUCCAUGAUAAGCUCCAGGUUCCCAACACCAUCCGGAAAGCUUGGAAUGAACGGGACAACCGCUGUGACAUCUGCGCGACUCACCUGAACCAGUUGAAGCAGGAGGCCAUCCAGAUGGUGCUCACCUUGGAGCAGGCUGCCAACAGUGAGCACUAUGACACGUCCCCAAGCUCGCCUCCACCACUUGCCAACCUCCCUGCCUUGGUGGGACCCCGGCACGUGGGUGGCCUCCAGCAGCCGCGAGACUGGGCCUUUGUGCCCGCUUCCUAUGCCACUUCCAACUAUACAGGCUUCAUCACCAACAAGCAUGGCGGCAAGCCCAAUAGCCUUGGGGUUGGCAGUGGGGCAGAGAAGAAGAAUGGAUCCCCUACUCACCAGGCCAAGGUCAGCCUCCAGAUGGCCACCAGUCCCAGCAAUGGGAAUAUCCUCAACUCUGUGGCUAUCCAGGCCCACCAGUAUCUGGAUGGCACCUGGUCCCUGUCCAGAACAAAUGGAGUCACAUUAUACCCCUACCAGAUUUCCCAGCUGAUGACUGAACCUGGACGAGAGGGACUGACAGAAGCCACCCUGAACCGCUACAAUGCAGACAAACCAUCUGUGUACAGCUUUCCAGGCUCACAGAGCCCCUGCGCUGCCAGCGAAACUUCCCCGGGCACCUCAGUGGCAGCGUCCUUCUUUGCCAGAGCUGCUCAGAAGUUGAAUCUGUCUUCCAAAAAGAAGAAGAAUCGACCUUCAACAUCAUCGGCAUCCGAGUCACCUCUCUUCUCUACAAGCUUCAGUGGGAUCCUUCAGGCUUCCCCACCUCCUGCUCCACCUUGCUUAUUGAGGGCAGUCAACAAAGUGAAAGAUACUCCAGGCCUGGGCAAGGUGAAGGUCAUGGUUCGCAUCUGCUCCACCCUUGCCAGGGACACCUCAGAAUCCAGUUCCUUUUUGAAGGUGGAUCCAAGGAAGAAGCAAAUCACCCUCUAUGACCCCUUGACUUGUGGAGGGCAGAAUGCCUUCCAGAAGAGAGGCAACCAGGUUCCACCCAAGAUGUUUGCCUUUGAUGCUGUUUUCCCCCAGGAUGCAUCUCAGGCUGAAGUAUGUGCCGGAACUGUGGCAGAGGUGAUCCAAUCCGUGGUCAAUGGAGCCGAUGGCUGUGUGUUCUGUUUUGGUCAUGCCAAGCUUGGAAAAUCCUAUACCAUGAUUGGGAAGGAUGAUUCCAUGCAGAACCUUGGCAUCAUCCCCUGUGCCAUCUCCUGGCUCUUCAAGCUGAUCAACGAACGCAAAGAGAAGACAGGAGCCCGUUUCUCGGUCAGGAUCUCAGCCGUCGAAGUGUGGGGAAAGGAAGAGAACCUUCGGGACCUGCUGUCAGAGGUGGCCACGGGCAGUCUGCAGGAUGGCCAGUCACCUGGAGUGUACCUUUGUGAAGAUCCCAUCUGUGGCAUGCAGCUCCAGAACCAGAGUGAGCUGCGAGCCCCCACAGCAGAGAAGGCAGCCUUCUUCCUGGAUGCUGCCAUUGCCUCUCGCCGGAGUAGCCAGCAAGAUUGUGAUGAGGACGAUCACCGGAACUCUCAUAUGUUAUUCACUCUGCAUAUCUAUCAGUACCGAAUGGAAAAGAGUGGCAAAGGUGGAAUGUCUGGAGGUCGAAGCCGCUUGCAUCUGAUUGACCUAGGUAGCUGUGUCAAAGCUCUCAGCAAAAAUCGAGAGGGUGGUUCGGGUCUGUGCCUGUCGCUAUCAGCCCUGGGAAAUGUCAUCCUUGCUCUAGUCAACGGCAGUAAACACAUCCCUUACAAAGACAGCAAGCUCACCAUGUUGCUGCGAGAGUCCCUGGGGAACAUGAACUGCCGUACCACCAUGAUCGCUCACAUCUCAGCAGCCGCCGGGAACUACGCAGAGACCCUGUCUACCAUCCAGAUUGCAUCCAGGGUCCUACGGAUGAAGAAAAAGAAAACUAAGUACACCUCAAGCUCUUCUGGAGGGGAAAGCUCUUGUGAAGAGGGCAGAAUGCGGCGGCCAACCCAGCUGAGGCCCUUCCACCCUCGCACCGCAGCGGACCCAGACUUCCCCAUCCUUCACUUGUCCAGUGAGCCAGACUACUCCUCCAGCAGCGAGCAGUCCUGUGACACCGUCAUCUAUGUGGGCCCCAAUGGCACAGCCCUCUCCGAUAAGGAGCUCACCGACAACGAAGGACCCCCAGACUUCGUCCCCAUAGUCCCUGCCCUGCAGAAGACCAAGAACACUAGCAGGCUGGAGGAGGCGGGGGACAGCGCCUCCAGCAAGUCAGAAAGAGACUGCCUCAAGUGCAACACCUUUGCAGAGCUGCAGGAGAGGCUGGACUGCAUAGAUGGCAGUGAGGAGACCAACAAGUUUCCUUUCGAGGAGUUGCCCAUCCAGUUUGGGGCUGACCAGAUGAGCAAGUGCCCCACUCUCUCUGGCCAAGUGGCUGAGCUGAGCCAACUCUCAGAAUCCGAUAAGGAAGAGAACCCUUCGGAUGCUCAGCUGCUGGAUAAAGAAGGGCCAGAGAGCGCUAGCGCCCUGGUGGCCAAGCUGCCAAGGAAUCACUCCCCGGUGCCUUCUGCGGCCUUCACCAACACUCCUGCACCUUCCUCCCCCAGGAGCAUCCCCGGCAGCUCCAGCAGCCAGACUAGCUCUUCCCAGCUCACCCACAGCCCCAGCCUUCAGAGCAGCCGUGAAAGCCUCAACUCCUGCGGCUUCGUGGAGGGUAAGCCCCGGCCGAUGGGCUCCCCCCGCCUUGGCAUCGCCAGCCUCUCCAAGACUUCUGAGUACAAGCCACCGAGCUCCCCCUCUCAGAGGUGCAAAGUCUACACCCAGAAAGGGGUGCUCCCCUCUCCAGCUCCCCCACCUCCCCCACCACCCUUAACAAAGGAUUCUGGGAUGGUGUCUAGUGAAUCCUUACUGCAGCCUGAGAUCCGUACACCUCCAGUAGGAAUGAGCCCUCAGGUCCUGAAGAAAUCUGUGUCCUCUGGGAGUGGGGGGUUUUCAGAGACCAUCAUGGAUGAGGAGCAAACAGCCACUUCUCCAGGGUCCAAAAAAGGAGUCCUGAGCACAACCAUGGUCACUGUCCAGCAGCCCCUUGAGUUGAAUGGUGAGGAUGAGCUGGUGUUCACUUUGGUAGAGGAGCUGACCAUCAGUGGGGUCCUUGAAAAUGGGCGUCCUACCAGCAUCAUUAGCUUCAACAGUGAUUGCUCUGUGCAGGCCUUGGCUUCAGGCUCCCGGCCAGUCAGUAUCAUCAGCAGCAUCAGCGAGGACCUAGAGUGUUACUCCAACACAGCUCCAGUCUCAGAGGUCAGCAUCACUCAGUUCUUGCCCCUCCCCAAGUUAAACCUGGAUGAAAAGGUUCGGGAUGCUGGAAGCAGGCGAUCUUCCAUCAGCUCUUGGCUGAGUGAGAUGAGCACGGGGAGCGAUGGUGAACAGUCAUGCCAUAGCUUCAUAGCCCAGACGUGCUACGGGCAUGGGGAAGCCCUGGCAGACCCUCCCAUUCCAGACUUCACAAACGCCAUUCAGAACAGUAGGAUGAUGUGUGGAGACAAGCCAAAGGCAGGCCCAGAGAAUUUACUCAUCCUAUCUGAAAUGGGAGAGGAGGCUUUCAACAAGGGCUCGCCUAUCAAAGGCUGUAAAAUAUCAGCUCUUGGCAAAGCCAUGGUGACGAUUUCCAAUGCAGCAAACUUAGGCAGCUGUGAAGGCUACAUCCCCAUGAAGACCAAUAUUACUGUUUAUCCCUGUAUCUCUGUGAGCCCCCUGAACAUCCAAGAGACAGACGAGGCCAUAACCACGGUCAACUCACCUUCCAAAGCAGCCCAGUCGCAGGAGAGCAAAGAAGCCAGUAAAAAGAAAGGGAUCAAAUUUGAGGACCCUUGGCUUAAACGGGAAGAGGAGGUGAAAAGAGAGAAUACUUAUCCUAGUAAUCCAACUAGCUUUGAAACCGAGAUGAGUUCCACAAAGUCUGAAUCUCAACAUGAACAAGAACAAGGCAAGAAACCCAACUCGGCAGACCGGUUCAGUAGCAGCAGCAGUGGAGGAGAGACAUCUAACUCCCCUGUGUCCGACAACUUCAAGAGGAUUGUGGAUGGGUGUGAGAUGACCUUGUCCAGUUUGGCCACCCAACCUCCCGUGCAUGCUAACAAGAGCCUGAAGGCUAGCAGUCUCCCGAGGGCAUUUCAGAAAGCCAGCAGGCUGGACGACCUGGAUAAUGUCUUCUACCACUGUGCCGCGGAGAGCAAUGGUAUCUGCUCGUCUUCUGGAUCUCAGUCCUCCAAGACCACCCUAGAGAGGAGGGUGGCUUCUCCAAAGCACUGCCUUCUGGCUCGGCCCAAAGGGACACCCCCUCUCCCUCCCAUCCGCAAGUCAAGCCUGGAUCAGAAGAAUCGGGCUAGCCCCCAGCAUAGUGCCCCCAGCAGCAGCACUAGCAGUCCCUUGAACCAGCCAGCUCCUUUCCUCCCCGGCUUCCCCGACGAGCCCAGCGGCAAGACGAAAGACACCAGUAGCAGCAAGUUGUUCAGCGCCAAGCUGGAACAGCUCGCCAGUAGGACCAACUCCCUUGGUCGCUCCACAGUGAGUCACUAUGAGUGCCUGUCCCUGGAGAGGGCCGAGAGCCUGUCCUCCGUGAGCUCCAGGAUGCACUCCGGCAAAGACAGCACCAUGCCAAGGACCGGGAGGAUCCUAAAUCGUUCGGCCAUGUCCUCUCCCACUAAUUCCUGCACCUCGCAGUCUGCCGGGGCCUCGCCCAAGGCUGGCCAGUCUAAGAUCUCCGCUGUGAGCAAGCUCCUCCUGGCCAGCCCCAAAGCUCGGAGCCUUUCCACCUCCACCACCAAAACCCUCAGCUUCUCCACCAAGUCUUUGCCACAGUCAGUUGGGCAGAGUUCCAGCCUCCCCCCCAGUGGAAAGCACAUGUCAUGGUCCACCCAGUCCCUCAGCCGGAACCGGGGUUCCGGACUCACUUCCAAACUUCCCCUGCGUGCAGUUAAUGGUCGGAUCUCCGAACUGCUUCAGGGCAACACGAGCCCCAGAGGUUUGCAGCUGCGAGGGAGCUCCGAGGCAGAGGAGCGGGGUGGCCUUCCCGGAGAGGAGAAACCAGCCGUCCACAUGCUGCCCUCCCCUUACAGCAAGAUCACCCCUCCCCGCAAGCCCCAUCGCUGUAGCAGUGGUCAUGGCAGUGACAAUAGUAGCGUGCUGAGUGGGGAGCUCCCCCCAGCCAUGGGGAAAACUGCCCUGUUUUACCACAGUGGCGGCAGCAGCGGCUAUGAGAGCAUGAUGAGAGACAGCGAGGCCACGGGCAGCGCUUCGUCAGCGCAGGACUCCAUGAGUGAGAAUAGCAGCUCAGUCAGCGGAAGGUGCCGAAGUCUCAAAACUCCAAAGAAACGCUCCAAUUCAGGUUCUCAGAGACGGAGGCUCAUUCCAGCUCUCUCACUUGACACCACGUCCCCAGUGAGAAAACCUUCAAACAGUGCUGGUGUCCGCUGGGUGGAUGGCCCAAUGCGGAACACGCAGAGGAAUCUAGGGGAACCCUUUGAGAUCAAAGUCUAUGAAAUUGAUGAUGUGGAGAGGCUUCAGCGGCGUCGAGGCAUUGACAGCAAGGAGGUGAUAUGCUUCAAUGCAAAGCUGAAAAUCCUGGAGCAUCGCCAGCAGAGGAUUGCUGAGGUCCGGGCCAAGUAUGAGUGGUUAAUGAAGGAACUGGAGAUGACUAAGCAGUAUCUGAUGCUGGAUCCCAACAAAUGGCUCAGUGAAUUUGACUUGGAGCAGGUAUUGGAACUGGAUUCCUUGGAGUACCUAGAAGCUCUGGAGUGUGUGACUGAGCGCCUAGAGAACAGGGUCAACUUCUGCAAGGCCCACCUCAUGAUGAUCACUUGUUUUGACAUCACCUCCAGGCGCCGAUAAAGAGAGUCAACUCCUCCCCUCCCUUUCUCUCGCCUCUACCCCAUCUUCCACCUCCAUACCACCCACCCACAACCCAGGACUCCCCAGAAAAAAAACCCAGUCACUCUCAAUCGGGCCCUCUGCAAAGACAGCACCCCAAAGACCACAGAAUGAGGAUGAAGGUCGGUGGCAUGUCUGGAGCGAGCGUUGAGCGGCAGGCGAUUUUUCUUUUCCUUUCAUUUCUCUAGGAAGGGUGCCAACACCAAACCCACAAGUGAAGGAGCAAAAUGUCGGGAAGCCCAGGGAUCUGAAAGCCCCUGCGAGACUGAAAAGAGCACUUUGAGGAACUUUCAAGGACACGUUUAUACAUACAAACUGCUAGCAAAGGCAACCUUGUUCUUUCCUGGCUUUGGCUGAGGAAGGGGUAGGGUGGAAGCAGGACUGCUGCUGCUGAGAGCUAAACAAAACAACAACAACCAACAAAUACCCCGAAAGACUGUUUAAGUGCCUUGCAAAUCUUUAUUAUCCAAACAUUUAUGUUCAUACUUUCUUGUGUACAGAUGGUGCUAGUCAAGCAAAUUACAAAACAAACAAAAAAGGAAAAUCAAACACAUUUUGGAAAUGUAUUAAUGUAUUUACAGCAUCAUUUUCUCCUGUUUCUGACUUGCUGUUUCUAAGUAACUUGUGUUUGUAGAGCUAUUUCCUAAUCAGUACCACAUAUGAAUAAAUGUUAACUGUUCCUUUAUGGUUUACCUCCAGUAAGGCCACUCAAACAGAACGUGGACACGUCCUGUCAAUAGCCGGUAUGUUUCCAACAAGACUUUGGGGUGCCAGGUGAUCUUAGCUACUGUCUUUCCCCAUUCUCAAGGACAUGAGGACAUGGCUGGGGAUGUUCAUGUCCAAGGAUCACUUUGGGUUUUGGGGAAUGGAUGAGGAGAAAGGUGAAUACCACCCUAAUGCUAGGGGCAUCCUUUGGGAUCUCUUUCCACUGCCACCCUCCUCCCCUGCACCCUAACAGCUGAUGUGUUAUCAGUGGGCUUCAUGUAGGGUCCCACCAGGGAGUCCUGGCAGACAUUUGGAUUCUUAUCACCAUGCAUCCACCAUUUAUUUGCCUCUUAAAAAACAACCCCAUGGACUGAAGUUUGUCAUUUAAAUUUUUAUUCUCCCAAACCCUUUGAAAUAGAACAUUUGAGCAAAUGCAGAAGUCUCAUGCUUCAGUUUUGUGGAUUUAAUCUUGGGAGACUCUUAAGACCUGUCUGAAGUACUUAGAGCAUGACAGAUUGGUUAGGUGUAAAUGAAGGCAGCUUAGUGCCACUUAACCUAAAUAGCUUCUGAUCUCUAAAACACUAUCAGAAAACUAAAGAAUAAGGAAGUUAAUUUGGCCAGAGUCCUUAGUUGCCAUGGAACUGCAGAGGGAUGCUUUGGCCUUGACCACAUUUCUCUUGCCUCAGCCCUAGAGCACAGGGGAACAGGGAGACAUCUCCUCUUCCUCAUUCCCCGAUAUGUCCUCCCAGGCUGUCACAUUACCAGUGUCCCUCUAAGAUAAAAAAACAAAAAACCUGGCACCAGUCAGAAUGGGUGUUAUGAUAGAAUAAAAGGAGGCACGGUAUAGUUGAGUACUAAAAUCAAAGUGUGUGUGUGUGGUGAAAUCCCAAAUUAGUUCUGUGUGACCAAUACAUAGGCAAGUUAUUUCACCUUCUGAAUCUCAAUUUCAUUAUCACUAACUCCACAGAGUAGUCGUGGGGCUCAUGUGAAAUGAGUACUUCCAAAUACUUUGCAAAUUUGGAAGUCCUGAAUAAGUAUCAGGUAUUAUCAUAUAGGGUUCCCAGAUCCUGGAAAAUUCUGGUUUUAUGCACAAAUUGGGAUGUGUAUCCUAACAACAUUACUUUGGGAUAUUAUCCCCAUUUAACAGAUCAAGGAUGUUGAGGUCAAGGACCUUCCCUGGUAACCACAAGGAAUUAGCAACAGAAGCAGGCAUGGAGUAUAAGAGUCUUACCUUCCAUCCCAAAGCUCUCUCCAGGCAUAAGUGCCAAUUAAAUGUAGUGUUGUUUUUCCUUAACCUGUUUCCAGGUUUCUGCACAUCAAACCAGAGCCUCUGAGGCAUUUUCUACCAACACAAAGAAAUGUCAUAUUUCCAGGCUAGCCCAUUGAAACCCUACUUCCUCUUGCCCUCCCCUCACUCACACUCGCUCACACACACACACACACACACACACACACACACUCACACACACACUCAUACACACUCAGUUGUUGUGACUGGUGAGACAUUGGAAUCUCACAACCUACCCUGCAAUCAAAUAUCUUUUUGAAGGCUGAUGGGUUUCUUUUCUGGUGGGGAAAAACAGUUGGACUUCAAAGAACCAUCUUUGGAAUCUUAUGAAUCAAAAUACAAUGAAGUCUGCAUUGCUACAUCCUUUACUGGUUCACUACCUACAGUGAAUUACAAUUCUAGACUAGAAUAUUCCAUAUAAUUUCAUGGACGGAAAGGACUGAGUUAUGGCAAAAGAUUGAUCUAGAAGAGAUUUCAUAGUCAGUGUAACCAUCCUCUUCAUCAUCUGUAACUAUCACUCUGUUCCCCCAAAGCCAAGCAUAGGCACCCCCAGCUCUUCACUUGUGACUUCAUUUGACAGAUUCUUCUCAUGACUUUGCUAAUGGUUUAUGCUCUUAACUUCCUUGCAUCUGUGAAUGCAUUCAGAAGUAACUAGACCACUUUAAAGCAUCCAGAGGCAAAAUCCUUACAUUCUUUGUUCUUUGCUAAGCUUUCCCUGAGGUCUGCUAUUUGACAUUCCUCUUCACGACUGAUUUCCAUUGCACCAAAGGUCUAUAGUCUGGAAAAUUGUCCAGUGUUUUCAAUGAAAGGUCUCUGGGACUUCUGUUACAACAAAAUCAGUUGAUCUGUAAUCCUAUUGCUUACCUGAAAUUUAUGGUCCCAUCUAGGUCAUCGCCAUGUUGCCUUUAGCAGGCCUCCUUCUGAAACUCUGCUGCCUUUCCAUUGGGGAGACAAUGGAGAAAUCUCCAGGGAUUCAAUAUCUGAAUUGAUAUGAUUCUUCCUUAGGAAUUCUUUUCAUCUUGCUUCCAACAGCAUUUCUCCUUUUGUAUUUUUCUACCAACAGUCUAAAGCACCAACAGGGUAGUAUUAAACCAAGAAUGAAUUUGCCAAAUAAACUGUCUUAUUAACUCCAAAAAUAAUGCCAGACCACAUCUUAGAACAAGUUAUGGCAUUCCACCAGAUCCUAGGCUGGCAUCCAUAACUUGUAGAUAACAUCCAUCCUCUUUGGCACAAUUUUCUAUAAGAAUUGCCUUAACAAAACCAGAUGUGAGGACAUGGAAUCUUGUACCAUCAUGUGCCUAUCCCAGACUGCAGCCUACAUGGAUUCUAGCCUUCAAGGGCAGAGCAAGUGUGUUCUGUAAUGCUGGAGACAAUUCUAUAACUGUCUUUGCACAAUGACCAGGCAGUUAAAUGGUUAAAAGAGCACCAGAUAUUAUUUCUGCUUCAGUGAAGACCCAAGAAGGAAAAGGAGAUGAAGACAGAAUGUCUGUCUGUAAUACCACAGACCUUUUCACCAAUUAAAAGGACAAAAGACAUGGUUAUUUGAAAUAAGCAUUUAGAUAGAGGAGAAAGUCUUUGGAAUUCAUGGAUUUUUUUUCAGCAACUGGAGGAGAAAUACACUUCAAAUAAAAAAAGGUACACUGGUAAUCUCAGUCCUGUCUCCCUGAGACUAAAUCCAUAUUGCAUUUCAUGAUGCCUGACUGGUGAGAUGUUUCAUGCUGCGAAGGAGAAAUGGUUUUCUUUAUCCCAGGCUUUCCUUCAUCACCUGAUGUCUACAACCUUUGAUCUUUUAGUCCUUGAAUUGCCUUCUGCAUCACAGGACAGCUUAUGUCUAACUUUUCUCUCUCCCAAAUGAGAGAUAGGAAACAUGGGGCCGGUUAUUUCAUCUGCCAAUUGACAUCCUGUACAAGGAGGGCUCAAGAUGCAAAUACAGAGCUCUAUCCAUUGCCAUGAAGGAAAUUGAGAACCAUGCUGAUCCCAGUCAGCAAGGCCUGCAGAGAGUUUUCCUUGCCUUUAAAGCGGGAAUGGCAGAUGCACAGGGAUUAAACAGGGCAG